AUGUGCGUGCUGGCGGCGGCGGCGGGCGCGCUGACCGCUGGCGCCCCGCACCCUCGAGGGCCGGCCGGGGCGCGCGGCUCCAGCCCGGGCGGCCGCGGCGGCAGCAGCACCGGCAGCGGCGGCACCGGCGGCGGCGGCGGCGGCGGAGGCGGCCGCGCGCGGGAGCGGAGCGCAGAGCCGCGGAGCAGCCCCGGGUCCCCGCCGGCCGGCUCUCCUGACCCGGCUCGUGGAUUGGAACGUGGCUCCGCUCCGAGCGCGGCCGGUGACUCGCAGGAGCCCGGCCCGGGCCCCCGCCGCGCGCGCCCUCGGAAGCCCCGGGGGGUCGGAGCGGGCGCCGGCCGCGACAGUCUCCGCGCGCUCGGCGGGCGGGCCGAGGGCUGGUUGGAGGGGGGCCCCGGAGAACCGAUCUGGGCGGCGGCGGCGGCGGCGGAGGGGCAGCGGCAGCCGGAAUCCAGCCCCAGCGGCGGCUCGGGGGGCGGCGGCAGCCCGGGCGACGCGGACACCGGCCGCCGGCGGGCUCUGAUGCUGCCCGCGGCCCUGCAGGCGCCGGGCAACCACCAGCACCCGCACCGCAUCACCAACUUCUUCAUCGACAACAUCUUGCGGCCCGAGUUCGGCCGGAGGAAGGACGCGGGGACGUGUUGCGCCGGCGCGGGAGGAGGAAGAGGCAGCGGCGCCGGCGGGGAAGGCGGCGCGGGCGGCACGGAAGGCGGCGGCGGCGCGGGCGGCGCCGAGCAGCUCCUGGGGUCGGGCCGAGAGGCCCGGCAGAGCGCGCCCGGGGCGCCCGGGGCGGGCGGGCCGCUGCCCGGCGGCUGUGGCGGCGGCGGCGGCGGCGGCGGCGGCGACUCUCCGGGCGACGGCGAAGGCGGCUCCAAGGCGCUCUCGCUGCACGGCGGCGCCAAGAAAGGCGGCGACGCCGGGGGCCCCCUGGACGGGGCGCUCAAGGCCCGCGCCCUGGGCGGCGGAGACCUGUCGGUGAGCUCGGACUCGGACAGCUCGCAGGCCGGCGCCAACCUGGGCGCGCAGCCCAUGCUCUGGCCGGCCUGGGUCUACUGCACGCGCUACUCGGACCGGCCUUCUUCAGGUCCCAGAUCUCGCAAACCAAAGAAGAAGAACCCCAACAAAGAGGACAAGCGGCCCCGCACCGCCUUCACGGCGGAGCAGCUGCAGAGGCUCAAGGCGGAGUUCCAGACCAACAGGUACCUGACUGAGCAGCGGCGCCAGAGCCUGGCGCAGGAGCUCAGCCUCAACGAGUCACAGAUCAAGAUCUGGUUCCAGAACAAGCGCGCCAAGAUCAAGAAGGCUACGGGCAACAAGAACACGCUGGCCGUCCACCUCAUGGCGCAGGGCCUGUACAACCACUCAACGACCGCCAAGGAGGGCAAGUCGGACAGCGAGUAGGGCGGGCGGGCCCCAGAGUCUGGUCUCAGUCCGCGUUCAACAAUGCAAUAAUUUAAAAUCAUCAAGGGCCAGUGUAUAAAGAUUAUACCAGCAUUCAUAGUGAAGAUAUCGUGUAUUAGCUAUGGUUCUGCAAUAUUCUAUGUAUAUAUAAUUUACAGGUGGUGUAAAAUCCAAAAUAUCUGACUAUAAAGUAUUUUUUGAGUUUUUCUGUGUUUAUGAGAUUAUGCUAAUUUUAUGAUUUUUAUGUUUUGUUUGCGAAGGGGGCUGCUUAGGGUUUCAUCUUUUCUAAUCCCCUAGGCUCCG